AUGGAAGGCCUCGACGUCGAUGGCAUCUUCCAGCACUACCGCCUGAAUCCUACGGAAAUGGAGGCCGUCACGUACUACUUGCCACGCCUCCUCUCCGGCGAGACGCUGCAUGGCACCGAGAAGCUCAUCCACCACAUCUACAUCUACGACUACGAGCCCAAGGAUCUCGCCGCCCAGUUCGCGCCCGUGCCGCAGGCCGCGAGCAGCGGCGACCGCUUCUUCUUCACGACGUGCAAGAGCAAGAACGGAAGCAAGCUCCAGAGCGUGCGCAGCGCCGGCGGCGGCACCUGGACCAUCCAGAAGACCACGGAGAUUAGCCACGCCGGACUCAAGGUCGGCGAGCUCAAGAACCUGUCGUUCAAGAAGAAAGGCAAGUCGACCGGCUGGGUCAUGGAGGAGUACCGAUGCCUGCUGCCGCAGGCCACUGUCGCCGAGGGGGUGAAGGUGUUCUGCAAGAUGCACUUGGCUCAGCAUGCUCCUGACGCGGCUCGCCAAGAAUCGGCGGCAUACAAGCAUCAAGAACCGCAGCCAGAGGCCGUGACUGCGAGCGCGCACGCACAGAAGAGGCCAGCGCCAGCUGCCGCCGCCGAUCCUCAUCCCCCGCGCCCCAACAAGAGGGUGCGAGUUGCCUUCCCCGUCCCGGCACCUGCCACACCGUCGUUCUUGAUGUAUGAUGAGGCAGCCAGAGCAAUGCAUUGCCCGCUGGCUCGUACCAACUUCCCUGUUCAGGAUGCACAGGUACCUGCUGUGGCUGUACCAGCGGCAAUCGAAGUAUCAUGCGAGUCCACUACAACAUCCGACCACUCCGACGUUGCUUCUUCCUCGCAGAAUCAGCAUUACAGCCAACAACAGACUGUUCCUGAGGCUGGCUCAAGCAUUGCAAGAAGCACAUCUGAAGAGGAUGUCUUUGAGACAUUGGAGCCUAUUUCCAGUUUGCUGGAUGGAGAGGAAGAUGACUUUGAUCUUGAAGAACUAAUGAGAAUGAUGGAAGCCGACCCAAUUGAAGUUGAGCCUGUCACUGGAGCCAACACUGGCGUGGAGAUGGACCAACAGGAACCUCUCUACCUGGAUUGCUUGGACCAAGGCAUGCUGGAGGACAUUCUGCAGUCCGAUUACCCUCACCCAAUGCAGAUACCAGAGGAUCGGGCCAUGGACAACCCUGCCUUCCAUGAUGCUGACAAGGAGAAGAGGUACAAUGCCGCGUCAGAUCUUGACGCUCCAUCGCUUCAGGGACAAGGCCACUUGUUCAAAUCGCCGCCAAGCUUCUUCGAUCCAUUUGAAGCAGCGUGGAAGGCCGAAGAGGCGCUCGAGAACUAGAAGAGAUACAAUGCCACGGUCAAUCUUCACACUCGAGGGCACAGCAACUUAUUCUUGUCUGCAAGUGUCCAUUAAAUCCGACGUUGAAAUUGUAUGCAAAGUGUAUACGAGGAUAUUCACUGGCUGAUAUAUUAGUUCGUCUUGUACGAUCGCCACGGAUGUACCUCUGAGCAAUUUGCUCCACUUGUUCAUGCAAGCUACUAAAACUGUUGUUCUUCUUUCUCCCGUGACGGAUUUUCCGACCCUUGCAUUCGCUCUUGCACUGUACUUCUUCUGCUCUGUUUCCUGUGAUGGACCAUGUUAAAACUGCUCUUAUCUUUUUGUAUAUUAGUCUCAGAUAAGCAAGCAUGAUGCAGUUAUGAUAUGGCCAGCCGCAUACAAGCAGUAACUAUGUUUGUAAAAUCAAAACUGUUUCACUGCUCGUGAUAAUCUACAGAACAACUUCAAGUUCAUAAGUUGCAGAGCAAAUUCAGGUUGUGGCCCCAAAAAAAAGUUGUUCUGUCUAUUUUGCAUCGCUGAAGUCAUGUCUUUUAUCAUCAACUAAAGCCAGAUCCUUCAGGGAGAUGCUAAAUUAUUUUGUAACUUUGCAAAUUGAAACAUAUACAGACCUCAACGCAGCGACUGGCGCAUGUCUAUGUCUGAACCGUGACUGGUUUCAGGAAUGCUGCAGUGAAUGGAGUUUGUGUUUGGGCUCUUCGUCCCAUUGGUCUAGAGCUCUCGGUAGAUUAGCUUAUUUAGACUCCUCAAAUGCAUAAUUCAGGUCAGGUAAGCACACAUAAUUGCUACUCCCUCCGUUCCUAAAUAUAAGUCUUUAAAGAGGUUUCAUUAGUGGACUACAUA